AUGGCGACGAGGAAAAGGUCACCUAUUUGGCAGUUCUUUGUGGAGUGUGAAGACACGAGGUUUGCUCGCUGUAAAGACUGUUCUGAAAACGUUUCGCGUGGCGGAAAAACAACGAAGACCUAUAAUACGUCUAAUUUGGUGAUACAUUUAAAGAAACACUCGUUACUUUACUCUGAUUAUCUUGAAAAGAAGAAGCGGUUUGAUGAAGAAUGUGAAAUGACAGCUGCUGGUCCUUCUGGUGCUGGAACAAGUAAGCAAGUAACGCUACAAGAAAGUUAUAACCGUGCUCGACCGUGGGAUAUAAACGAUAAAAGAUCUGUUCGUGUUCAUCAAAAGAUUGGAGAAAUGAUCGCACUUGAUUUCCAGCCGUUUCCUGUUGUGUCUGAUGAAGGAUUUAAAUCUCUUCUUCACACAUUAGAACCCAGGUAUACCUUACCAAGCAGACGGUACUUUACUGAUACAGUUUUGACUCGCAUACACCAAGGUAUAGUGUCGAAACUGAAACAGGAAAUAGCCAGUGCACCCUCAUUUAGUUUCACGACAGAUAUUUGGAGUACUGAAGUAAGUGAUGACUCAAUGAUUAGUCUUACAGCUCACUGGAUAAAUGACUGUUUCGUGAAGAAAGAAGCAGUGUUGCAUGUACAAUCUUUUCCUGAGUCACACACAGGAGAAAAUAUUUGUAAUACAUUCAAUACGAUGUUGGAGAACUGGAAUAUAGAGAAGACAUCUGUUCACCUUGUUGUACGAGACAAUGCGUCAAACAUGGUGAAAGCAUUUAGAGAUGGUGGUUACUCAGACUUAGGUUGCUUCGCCCACACCCUACAAUUAGUUAUACACGAUGCUGUAUUUUCUCAAAG